AUGGCCGAGCAGAUGCACGUUCCGUGGGUGACGUUCUGGAUCCCGUCUCCGUGCUUUCUGUCCGCUUAUAUCCACACCGAGGUCCUUCGUCAGCUGUGCCUUAGAAACUCCUGCGCUGGCAUGGCGGUGAAAGAGGCCGACGACGAGGCCCUGGAAAUGGUUCCAGCGUUAUCAUUGUUUCGCAUUUUAGAUAUCCCAGACAAUAUUCUACAAGACCCGACUACGUCGCCAGUGUCAAACUUUGUCCACCGGUUGGUAAGCAUGCUGCAAUGUGCCACAGCCGUCAUCAUGAACUCCUACGUGGAAGCGAUCCCGGCACCUCUAGUGGCAGACCUCAAGUCCAAGUUCAAGAUUCUCCUCCAUGUAGGGUGCCCCACGGUGUCUUUCUCACCGCUACCGGUGCUAACAAGCUCAGACUCAGACCCUACUGGUUGCUUAAUGUGGCUAGACACCAGAGACCCUCGGACCGGGGCAUAUGUUUGUUUUGGGACGGUAGCUGUACCGUCUCCUACCGAGCUAUCCUCUCUUGCCGAGGCCCUGGAAUCCACCGGGACCCCAUUCCUAUGGUCUAUGAAGGAGAACAUGAUGGCCCACUUGCCCGAAGGGUUCCUGGAGAGGACGGGGCAGCAUGGGAAGAUAGUGCCGUGGGCCCCGCAGAGCCAGGUGUUGAGCCACCCAGCGUGCGGGGUGCACGUGACACACUGCGGGUACAACUCGGUGUUUGAGAGCGUGGCGGGGGGCGUCCGAUGA